AUGAGCGUCGUGGAAACUCUUGUGGCAUGUGGAUUUUGGUUUUGUAUCUUUGUAGUUCUUUUUUCCCUUCUACUCAUUGUGGUUAGCUAUCAGUUACGUGAGAAACAGAACCGCCUAUUGUACCACCCUGGGAUCCCAGCAGAGAGCACCCUCAUCUGCGAGAAUCCGAUGGACAGAGGGUUCGCUAACGCGGAAAAUGUACACAUACGCACCGCGGACGGUGUCACAUUGCGUGGAUUUAUUAUGUGGCCAUGGCCUGGACAACACGCAGCACAGCAGGGAGCCACAACCGGUGCUUUUAGGAGCCAAGGUUCCGGUAUGAACGUCGGGAUUCCCUUGUCGUCUAGCUCGACGACGCUUAGAGACUCACUGUUCCCAUCGCCGCUUUACGCCGUCAUAUAUUUUCACGGAAACUCGGGGAAUGCUGGCCACCGCAUACCAAUUGCCGAGCUUCUCACCUCGAAAAAUCCCUGCGCAGUUCUUAUGGUGGAUUACCGUGGAUUUGGUCUUAGCGAUGCUGUUCCGCCAACGGAGGAGGGACUCAAGUUGGAUGCGCAGGCAUGUUUGGAAUACCUCUGGAACCAUCCUCGAAUACCACAGGGGCGAAUCUUUGUCAUGGGGACAAGUCUGGGUGGUGCUGUCGCCAUUGAUUUGGCGUCGCGGCGAAUGAACAUGAAACGUAUCGCCGGGGUGAUUAUUGAAAACACCUUCACUUCUAUCAGUGACAUGGCGUCUGUCUUGGUGCGCACGAUAUUGAGACAGUUUUUAACGAGUUAUACCGAAAUUUUGUUCUCAGUGUUUGACUAUUACAUGAAACCCUUGUGCCUUCGCAUCGGAUGGAGAAACAUCGACUUGGUGAAGCGGAUCCGAGUGCCUCUGCUUUUUCUUUCGGGAAAAAGUGACGAACUGGUGCCGCCAUCGCAAAUGCAACGUUUGUACGCUGCCACAUCAAAAUCAAAUGUCAUGCGAAAAUUUGUCGAGUUUGCUGAGGGAACGCACAAUACACUGCCUUUGAUGGGAGGGUACAGUGAAGUCAUUGAUUUAUUUGUGCAGGAGGUGCUUCGUUUGGAGGCGGAGUUGGUUUAG